AUGUUGUGCUUACAUGCAUGUUUUCUAGCAUGCUUUGCUUCAACCUCGGCCGCAGCCUAUUACACCCCAGCACCAUGGAGUACCGGCACUCCUAAGCCCAUUUUGAACGCAAUAGACUCGUGCUGGCGCACGAAAUCAAACUGGGCGGCCAACCGCCGUGCUUUGGCGGAUUGCGCGGUGGGGUUCGGCAAAGAUGCAAUAGGAGGAAAAUAUGGGGCGAUAUAUGUGGUUACCACGCCCUACGAUGACGCAGUAAACCCCAAACCAGGCACGCUUCGAUAUGGUGUAAUCCAAACGCAGCCACUGUGGAUCGUUUUCGCCAAGGACAUGGUUAUCAAACUCGAGAACGAGCUUAUUAUGAACAGUUUCAAGACCAUUGAUGGUAGAGGGGCUAAAGUGGAGAUUGCGUACGGGCCAUGCAUCACGGUGCAAGGCGUAAGCCAUGUUAUUAUACAUGGGAUCAGCAUUCAUGACUGUAAGCCGGGGAAGUCUGGCCUCGUUAGGAGCAGCCCGACCCAUGUCGGGCGUCGUGGAGGCUCAGAUGGAGAUGGCAUUUCUGUGUUUGCAUCCUCGAAUGUUUGGAUUGACCAUUGCUUUCUCGCCCGUUGCGCGGAUGGCCUCAUUGAUGUCAUCCAUGCUUCAACUGCUAUCACCGUCUCUAACAACUAUUUCUCCCAGCACGAUAAGAUGAGCGUUGUGGCUUGAGCCAAAAUGUACUUCGUUCAGAGGAUGCCCAGGGCCAGGUAUGGAUAUG